AUGCGAGUCAUUGGACGCGGUGGGGCAAAUAUCUUGGUUGAUUAUGGAGAUCCAAGGUGGUUGUGGAGAUGCUGCAUUCGUUGCCCCGACCUGCUAUCAUCGAAUAAUUCUUAUACUAUCAAAAACAUCCAAUAUAUUAAAAAUAGUGUAGAACCUCUUUUACAUGGCUUAUUGUGCCCGAUGGAUCUGAUUGACGUUAAUAUAGAAGCUAUUAGGCCCAUUCUCAGUGUCUUUAUUUCAGAUCUAGAUGACAAGGUGGUCAAGGUUAUCAAAAUUAAAAAUCUCGUCAAUAGGGCCACAAAUCUGAUAAAAAAUGACCACUUUUUGAAGUCUUACUGCUCACAAAAUCUUCAAACCGUUCUUUUGGAAUUAAAACCUAAAUGGUUGUACUACGAUACAGAUUAUUGUAGGAACUGCACUCAUAACGCAUUUAAGGGUAGAAAAACUAAGUACUGUUACAACCAAUUACUAGUGAAUCCCUCACACUUGGAAGUAGUAUUUGGAGAUUGCAACAUAUACACGGAAAACUUUAAAGCUGCCAUGCAUGAGUACUUGCACAAUGAUAAUAAUAUUUUCAAGAUCCUUUAUGAUUUACAGAAAAAACUUACAAAGAACACAAUUUCAACAAAGGACAUAAAAUCAAUCAACGACGUAAAUGAUGAGUAUCUGUUACUUAUGACACUCAGAGAUGUGACAUGUUUCAUUGAAUGGAACAGUGCUGAAAGUGCGUUGUGUGUGAAUAUAAUAGAUGUAGAUCUGAAACCAAAAGAAAAAUGGACUCACUGGACAAAAACUUACAGUCAGUUAGCAUCAAGCCAAAAAAUCUAUCAUACUUCAGAUAAAUAA